GAGAUAGUGGUGCUCGGAACAGGUCCGGCGCACGCGCGGGGCAGAGUCGCGCGGCGGCCGGCAGCGGAGACCCACCGGCCACGGCUCAACACUCACACUCAGUGCACGCGCUGCCUCGCCGCCGCCAGCCUGCGUGGCUCUCGUUACCACGCACUCGUACGCCGCAAAUCGCUGUCAUAUUCGUCCGAUACUCGAUCGAAAGCUAACUUAUAUUUGAUUGAAAUUAUUUUUUUAUUAAUGAAAACUAUUAUACUAACGUGUUCAUUUAUUGACUCUGCCUUUGUUUACAUUUGCAUAUGUGCCAUUUUCGCUGAUCUUAACGGGCUUUUCCAAGUGUACUGAAAGUGAAGUGUAUAAUUGAAUAGCAUAACUGAAGGAAAACUGCGAACUGAUUUAUAAGGUGUUGCGCACGAGUCGCGUGGCGCGAGGGUGUGAUGCGAGGGGCGCGCAGCGGCGUGCGCCGGCGCCGCGAGUAGCCGCGACCAUGCCCGGCCCGCGCACCACACAUGCCGUUGCCUGUCUUCUGCUGCUUGCGAUGUUCUCCGACUACAUCGUUGCUGAUGGCUCCAUUCACGGCGUUAUCAAAGGCCAACGAGCUCCGUGUUCAAAUGAAGGCGAGACCGUUCGUCUCCAGGACGAGAGACUCGAGCAGGACUGGAGCAGCUGCUUCCGUUGUAUGUGCAAAAACGGUUUUGUGGAGUGUCGGAAAGGUGCAAAGGAGUGCGGGAUAAUGAAAGACUGCGCGGUCGAGAUGCCACGUGAAGGUUGCUGUGCACGAUGUAAAGGGUGUUGGUAUAAUGGCACAGAGUAUGCCUCUCACACUGAGUGGAAUGAAGAUGGAAGGCUGUUCCGCUGCGAAGCCGGCGUGGUUACUAUGUCGCGACCCGAGUGCUACGCUCCUUGUGACAAUCCUAAGCAUCAGAGACAUACGCACUAUAAUUGUCCAGUUUGUGAAGAAUGUGUCAUAAAUGGACAACGCGUGUGGGAAGGCCGAGAUGUCCGUAUACCAGAAGAGCCCUGUUUGUCGUGUCGCUGUAUGCGGGGGACAUUGUCCUGCAUUAAGCGAGCCUGCCCUGUUCUACCCUGUAUCAUCUCGCAACAGUUCACACCACCUGGGGAAUGCUGCCCCAAAUGCACCCACCCCACUGCGGAUAAAAUUCUUCCAGUUUCAGGACUUUCGCUACCGAAACCAUGCGUAAUUGGCAAGGAAUAUCACGAUCAUUCGAUCUUAUUUCGAGUGGAUCCCUGUACAGAUUGCACUUGCAUGAAUGGCACAGCUAUAUGCACGCGCCAAACGUGUCCAGUGCUGACUUGUGGAGCUCGCGCACUGCCGCCUCUUCCUGGUAAAUGCUGCCCAGAGUGCCCGGAAAUAGAAGAAGCACAGACAGCCUGUGUUAUCGCCGGAAAAACUUAUCAGGAUGGAGAGAUAUGGCAGUUAGAUGCGUGUAAGUCUUGUGAGUGCCACGGAGGAGAACCACGAUGCGCUAUGGAACGAUGCCCUACCUUAAGCUGUCCGCCCGAUCAGACACUACGACAGUUACCUGGGCAGUGUUGCCCUAAAUGUGUAGACAUUGACGGAAUAUGCACUGUCUUCGGUGAUCCUCAUUACAAAACAUUUGAUGGAAAAUUUUACAGCUUUCAGGGUUCUUGUAAAUACCAAUUAGUUUCCGACUGUAAAAAUCACACUUUCUCUAUAAGAAUAUCGAAUGAUGCUAGGAACACUUCACAUUCGUCUUGGACGCGUACUGCAACACUGCGCAUUGGAUCCACCAAGGUCAACAUGGGAAAGAAAAUGCGCAUAAAAGUAAACGGACAAAGGAUAAGUCUUCCUUACAAAAUUAAAGGAGUUGCUGAAAUAAGUCGAAGUAAUGGAUCUGUUAUUUUAAAAUCUGAAAUAGGGGUACAAAUGUUAUGGGACGGUGACGGAUUUUUAGAAGUGACUGUAUCUAGCUCAUAUAAAGGAAAGUUAUGCGGAUUAUGUGGUAACUUUAAUUCGGUCGCUAGAGAUGACAUGAGGACGCGUGACGGAAGACUUUUAAAUGAUACUUGGAGGUUUGGAGCUUCGUGGCGGGUAGGUGGGCACCGUGCUUGCACUAGACGUCUAGAACGACCGAGCGGGAUCUCACGAUGUCGUAAGUCGAAGUUGACAAAAGUACAACGACUGUGCCGUGCAUUUGAAGCUAAUGAGGCAUUUUCAAAAUGUAUUGUUAAAGUUAACCCUCAAAAUUAUGCGGAAGCAUGCCUUCUGGAUGCAUGUAGCUGUUCGGGUUUUGGAUGUCAUUGUGCGGCAUAUAGAGCGUAUGCAAGAGAAUGUACUCGUGUUGGUGCAGAACCUCAAGAUUGGAUGCGUGCCGCUUGGUGUGAGGGCAUUUCGCCGCCUUGGCUAAGUCGCGGUCGGAUGGGUGUCGGUCGCUCAGUCAAACACAGGAAGAACGACUUAUUAACUUUGGGUCCAAUACCUAAACGAAAUAACAGUCGUUCUCGGCCUCCACCUCCAAUUCUACAUUAAUAUACUAUGAUCAGCAACACAAUUACUAGUCAAACCAGCUGCCUUUAUGGCAAUUAUGAGUAUGUAAACAGAAAGUGUCGAGUUGAAUCGAACUUAAGAUGUGUCUCUAAGGUGCGACAAUAUUUGGAACGAAGAUCUAUUUACAUAAACAGUAUUCGUAAUCUACUUAGUUAAGUGACAAGUUCUGUUAUAAUAUUAUACCACCUUUAGCUUACUAGUACCUCGCCAAAUCAACCAGCAUCUACAUAGUUAUUUAAAUGUAUAAUCAUUCCUGUAUAAUGGUUAAUGAAUGAGGUUAUGGUUGAAGCUCCUCUUUUUAUACUUUUAUUUUUAUAACAAAGAGCGAUAAGUAUAAUUGAAUUUCUUACAAAUUACUCGUAUCAAUGUUAAUGUUUGUAUUUGAUAAUAAUGUGCUGGUUUUAUGUAUUGGUGGACGCUUAGAUCCUAGUUCCGCUUGAAGUGGUAAAUGUUUUAUAAUUUAUUGCACUAUAAUUCUAUAAUUUUCAACAAUAUGUGAUAAUUAGCUUUGAAUAUGACUUCAGACAGGAGACGUUUGGUUAACAUAGUUCAAAAUGAGAUCUCAUCAGUAGUUAGUUUACGAAAUCUUAGAUCUAGCCGAAGCCAAGAAGCUAACGAGAUUGUAUGGAUCUUGUGUAUAUACUUUGAAUGAAGUCUAAUUCAAUUUUGUCUCAUAUAAACGAGCUCGCUCAAUUCACUGUCGAAAUGUAUACGCUAAGACGGCUCUGCUGAAGCGGCUGAAGCGGCUCUGUUACCCUUUUAUUAACGAACAAAUAAUUUAUAAACGUUAUAAAUGUACAUAUUUUGAUCUAUUCCACUAAACAUAAUAUGUAACUAUUAAUACAUAAUUAGUUUUAGUAUUUUAAUUUAGAUUUAAAAAAUAUAGUUUUUAAUGCGUUACCAAUGAAUUUUAUUAUUGACAUUGAUUUUUAACGUUAAAUAUAACGUGAUAUGUUGAUCUGUCUCACGUUGUAUGUUUGUAGCAUUUGUAUGUCAUUAUGUGUUAGUUCACAGAAGUGAAAUGUACUAAGUGCCAUUGGAUCUUCAGUAGCGUAAGGUGGCUGCGGCUGCACUGUCGGAACGAGACGAACUAAGGAAUGAUUGAAAUAAAAGAAUAAUUUAGAAAAUUUAAACUAAAUUUUUCUAAUUUUAAUUUUUUUUCGGUUAAGUUGAAGUAAAUGAGUAUAAGAUAUAUCUGUUUAAAAUCGUCCGAUAGUAGCGCGCUCAAGCCGCCAUGAUUGUGAUAAAAGUAUGCCUGUAGGUAUUACUCGACAAAAGCACAUACAUAUGUACAUAUAUAUUUAUCUAUCUAUUCAAAUCUAUCAAAAUUAAUUAUCUAUUUAAUCGUAAUUAUUUCAAAUGUACUUAUAUAACGGUAUCAAUAUAUAUUUUGCUUAUAAACAUGACAUAACAUGACUAGAAUAGAGAAGGAUACUAGAAUUAUCGAUGAGAUUAUGCGAAAUAUGCCUCAAAGUGAACAUGUAUAGAGUAUUUGGAUCACUGGUUCAUUUUAUUUUGUAAAUUUUAAUGGGACUGGAAUUAUAAACAAGCUGCUUUGUAUUUCCAUUUAAAUCGAGACUUCCUAUUGCGUAGAUACUUUAUUUGAUUUUAUUAAAUUCCUAUUAGUAAAACCAUUUUUAUUUGCAUUCCCAUUAUCUAUAUUUCUUAUUAUCAUUAUUUAAUAAUAGUCUACGUUUUAUGUAGGCUUCUAAGUAAGUUAUUUGAGAUUAAAUAUUGUUUUAUUAUUUGAUAAUGUAAAUUUUGUCGCCAUAUUAAUGAUAUCAUUUAUAUUUUAUUGCAUGGAUAUUAUUAUUUAAUUUUCCACUCAAAGCUUAUUAUAUUUCGUUCAGUAAUCUUUUAAAUACAUAACACGUCAGUUGCUCUCUGAUAUUUUUCAAUAUAAACAGGACAUAUAAUAAUAAAUAUCGUGGAAUAAUAAUAUUAUCUAUUAAUAAAUCAUUAUGCAGACUCCAAACAGAAAAUAAUAACUUAAAAUUGUCCUUGAAUGUUAAUAGACAUGCUUAAUAAAAUAAGUUGGACAUUAUGAUUAUAUUAUUUCAAUAUGUAAUAUUUGUUUUAUUAAAUAACCUAUUAAAAGAAUAUUUUGAUAUAAUAUUAUAAUUUAUAAUUUAUAAUUUAUGACUACCUGUAUUUUUGGAUAAGACCAGUCGUAAAAUAACUUUUACAUCACCAACGUAAUUUAGAACAUUUAAUGUGUCAACACGUAAAUUAUUCAACUAUCAAAGAAUUAUCUAAUAAUAAAGAAGUAAUAUUCA